AUGCUGCUGCUCUCUCCCAUCACCCUAGUAGCGGCAGCAACCCUGCUAUUUGCCAUCCACCUGAUUCGACGCCUCACAUCUCCAUUGAGUAAAAUCCCAGGACCGACAGCGUCCAAAUUCACCUCCUUGGUCCUCAAGUGGAAGGAGAUCAAGGCCCUCAGGACUGUCUACAUCCAUCAACUCCACCAGCAAUAUGGGCCCGUUGUCCGCAUCGCACCCAACGAGGUGUCGUUCACGUCUUGGGAAGCUUUGAAGGAGAUUUACUGCUCCGGAGGCAGCGGGUAUGAUAAGACGGAGUUUUACGAUCUGUUCAAGAUCUAUGGGAGGAGGACCAUGUUCACCACGUUGAACAAGGCAGACCAUGCCAAACGUAAAAGGAUUCUCGCCGACCGUUAUGCUAAUAGCAACGUCAUGAAGAGCGCUUCAGUCGCGGGGGUCCAGGAACGGUCUUCCAAGUUUGUUCGGCGGUGUGCUUCUACUCCAGGAGGUGUAUCGGACAUUUUUGUAAAAAAUCUGGAAUUGAUACUGACCGUCACAGCCUUGCAUGCGUAUGCCUGCGAUUGCAUUACGCACCAUCUGUUCCAUCCCUACGGUACCGACUGCAUCACCAAGAAGGAAGACGAGGAGAUGAUGCACCAAGUAGCAGCAGACGACAGCCUGCAGAAUCGCCUCAUCUCGCAUUACGCCCCGACUUUGCAUCGUCUGUUCUCUAGAGUGCUGUAUCUGUUUGCAAAGCCCCGAGAAACUCCCCUCGCCGAUGCCUUUGUAUUGGAGACUAGCCAGCUCAGCGGCACGGCCUCAUUCACCCUCAUGAGCCGCUUCGACGAAAAGACAGGUGACCUCGACUACAUUGACAAAGCAGCAGAGUGCCUCGACCACAUGGCCGCGGGCAUCGACACCACGGGCGACGGACUAUGCUUCCUCCUGUGGGAGCUGUCGCAGCCGCGCUCGCUGAGCAUCCAGCGCAAACUGGCCGCAGAGUUGCGAGCGAACCCCGAGACGCCCUUUGACAAGCUGCCCUAUCUCGAUGCCGUCGUAUGUGAAGGUCUGCGGUGCUUCCCGCCGAUCCCAAUGUCGCUGCCGCGGUACGUGCCUCAGGGCGGUCGCUCCAUUGAUGGGUUUUGGCUGCCUGAGAAGACGGUUGUGAGCUGCCAGGCCUAUUCGGUCCAUCGGCUCAACAGCGAAAUAUUUCCCGAUGGAGAUGUGUUUAAUCCUGAGCGCUGGCUGGAGCUUGAGGGAGAUGCAGACCGAAGGAGGAUCCAGUUUGCUUUUUCCAAUGGAGGAAGGGGCUGCGUCGGGAAGCAUCUGGCUCUCAUCGAGAUGAAGACUUUGUUGCGGGAUGUUUAUUCCAAGUUCAGCACGACGCCGCAUGAGUCCAUGCAGGAGGAGGCCAUGGCCAUGUCGGACCAGCUCAUCUCGGCACGGCCGCUGGGGCAGAAGUGCCUUUUGCGAUUUCACCCGCUUGAUGUAGACGGUGAAAAAGUGAAGUUGUAA